UUUUUUUUUAUGGCUACUACUAUCCAUGCGAUUGACAAACUAUCGAUCCAUAAGAUUUGCUCAGGACAAGUUGUGCUUGACUUGGCUACAGCUGUUAAAGAAUUAGUAGAGAACAGCAUUGAUGCUGGUGCUACUUCUGUAGAUAUAAUUUUUAAAGAGAAUGGUAUAGAAGGCCUUGAAGUCAUUGAUGAUGGAUCAGGCAUUGAUCCAGUGAAUUAUGAAACAUUGGCCCUUAAACACUAUACUUCUAAACUAAACAGCUUUGAAGAUUUGGAGAAAGUAUAUACCUUUGGUUUUCGUGGAGAAGCAUUGAGUUCUUUAUGUUCUCUUGCUCAAUUGACUGUCAUGACAGCCACAAAAGAACAAGCUCCUAUGGGCAUGAAAUUAGAAUAUGAUCAAAAUGGCAACUUGUGCUCCAAGACACCUAUUUCAAGAACAGUAGGCACUACUAUUCAGUUAAACAACUUGUUUCAUUCCUUGCCUGUACGUCUAUCUGAAUUCAAACGAAACAUAAAGCGAGAAUAUGGAAAAGCAUUGACCAUGCUUCAAGCUUAUUCUAUUAUUUCCACCCAAGUUCGUAUUUCAGUCAGUCAUCAAUCAAUAGCUAAAAAAUCCACUACUAAAGUGAUGUCUACUACUCGAAAUAAGCAAGUCAGUGCAAACAUAGCCAAUGUAUUUGGUGCCAAACUAGUAUCCCAAAUCAUGUCAUUCCAUGUGGAUCUAUCAAGCCUUUUUGAACAAGAAUCUAGUUUAGAAGGCUAUAUCUCAAGGCCAGAAUGGGGAUUGGGCAGAGCUAGUUCAGAUAGACAGUAUUUCUUUGUGAAUAGUAGACCAUGUACCAUGUCCAAGAUCGCCAAAGCGUUGAAUGAAGUCUAUCGUAUCUUUAUAUCAAAUCAAUAUCCAGUCAUUGUUGCAAAUCUUAAAGUACCAACGGAUGCUUAUGAUGUCAAUGUCAGUCCUGACAAAAGAACUAUCUUUAUUCAUCAAGAGAACAACAUUGUCAACUGCAUUUUAGAGCAAUUGAAAAAGACAAUGGAGCCUAGUCGAUCUACAUUUCAAUUGAAUCCACUUAUGUCACCUUCGAGUAGUAUAACUGCACCUUCGAGUAGUAUAACUGCACCUUCGAGUAGUAUAACUGCACCUUCCAGUAGUAUAACUGCACCUCCGAGUAGUAUAACUGCACCUUCCAGUAGUAUAACUGCACCUCCGAGUAGUAUAACUGCACCUUCCAGUAGUAUAACUGCACCUCCGAGUAGUAUGACUACGCCUUCAAGUAAUAUGGAUAGAUCAACAAGUAUAAAGAGCACACGUAGUUUAAGUUCAUUUGCCAUGUCAGCAGGCAACACAUAUAGACCAACACAGCCUAACUCAAGCAAUAAACGACCUUAUACAGCCUUGACCUCAACAAGCACCUUGUUGAACUAUAUCAACAAAAAGCCCAAGUUAGACAAGCAAGACACUCAACAAGACUCAAGCCAAGAACAAGUGACUUCUAUCCAAGCAGUAAACACAGCAACUCCUACUUUAGCUUCAACAGAACCGUCGACAGAUACUCGAGAGUACGUUGAGAUAAUGACAGGCAUCAAAAGUUAUUCUGGCCUACACAAAACAACCGGUAGAACACUCACAUUACAACCUAUCCAACUCAAUCGUUUGAAGCGACCUGAGCCUAUCUUGCCUGAACCUACUACCAACCAUAUACCCUCCCCUAGUACACUAACACAUGCCAGUGUAAAAAACACCAUGGAUCACGAAAAAGCAGCAAAUGCCUUAAACCGAAUCAUCAGCAAGCCCGAUUUUGCUCGUAUGCAAGUCCUGGGUCAGUUCAACCUGGGCUUCAUGAUCACUUGUUUGGAUAACCAAGACUUGUAUAUCAUUGACCAACAUGCUUCUGAUGAAAAAUACAACUUUGAAACCCUUCAGAAGACCACUGAAAUCCAAGGACAACGCUUGAUCAGUCCGCCCGUCCUUGAUUUGACAGCAGCAGAAGAACAUGUUGUGAUGGAAAAUCUGGAUAUCUUUAAGGCAAAUGGAUUUGAUGUCCAGGUCAUGCCUGAUCAUCCACCCACACAGCGUAUUCGUGUUAUAUCACAGCCUGUGAGCAAGAAUACCAUGUUUGAUAAAAAGGAUUUCAGUGAAAUUAUCUUUUUGAUUCAUGAACGACCAGGCGAUAAGACAAUCAAAUGUAGUAAAAACAGAGCCAUGUUUGCUUCAAGAGCAUGUCAUAAAGCAACUCGUAUUGGUGACAGUCUGACAAUUCCCCAAAUGACUAAAAUUGUUCGCCAUAUGGGUGAAAUCGAUCAACCUUGGAAUUGCCCUCAUGGUAGACCUACUAUGCGGCACUUGCUUCACCUGUCAGAAUUUAAACAGACACGGACAGUCCGAGAAAAACGUCCUUUAUCUUUUCAUGGUUCACUCCAUCUCUUGAAUCAAUAAAGCAUGGUUUUAUUUCCAGAAAACGGUAUUCUCUACAAGAUGUUUAUAUGCAGAUAAUGGUACAUUAAGUGAUGGUUCAAUAGGUUCAAUACCAGGUUCACCCAUAAGUGAUAAAGCAGCAACACCCAUAUAAGAAUGCAACGCAUCUAUAUUGACAUGUUAGUCUCUCUCAAAGUG